UUCACUUUUCUAAUAAACUUCUUGACGAUUUGGGAGAAUUUAUAAAAAUUUCCGUAUUGUAAAAUGUCUAAUAGAUUGCAAUGUCCGUAUGAAAAAUCUCAUGAAAUAUUGGAAUGGCGUAUGCAGUUUCACUUGAUUCGUUGCCGACGCAAUCAUCCUAAUGCACCUAAAGUCGUGUGUCCAUUUAACGUUACGCAUAUAUUAAAUAAAGCAGAAUUAAAAUUUCAUUUAAAUGUAUGUUCAGAUCGUGUAAAACACGACAAUUAUUGUUGUGUUGAUAAAGCUCCAACUAAGCCGACAACACCGCCUCCUAAACAUAAAUACGAAAGUACAGAGAAUUGGGAUGAUGAGCCCGCAGUGCCCAGUUACAAUCCGACCGAAUAUGCAAAGAAAGCACCGGUAUUGCGCUUUGUAAGUGGUGCGAAACCAUCUGAACGUAAAAAAUUCCGUGAAGAAGAACGUGCGCGUUUAAGAAAUCUAUUGGAUUAAGAAGAGUAAUUUGGCAAAAAAAGUUUAUACAAUUGCCUUCAAUUGCCUUUCUGCAUUCUUUUUUUUUUUUUUUUUUUGCUAAAUAUGGGCAAAGAAGUAAUUUCAAGCAACUUUAAUUUUGAAUUAUAUAUAUAUAUAAAAAAUCAAUGAUUUCAUUCCAUAUCACUCUGCGCAUAUACUGGCCCUUCAAAUUUUCAGUUUUUCUUUUAUUAACACUGACUUCUUAUCUCACUUCAUUUUUGACAAGCAUUCAAGAUCGUUGGAAUGGGAUGUUUCUUUAAGCUUAAUUAAAGCGUUACAUAAACAACUUUUCUUUAUAUUUAUAUAUCUGUAUUACAAUUUUUCCUUACAUACGAAAAACGAACAAGUGUUACGUAGAAAAUAGUAUACUAUUCUUAAUAUCUUGUCCAUUCUUUAUUUCUUUCUUCAUGUUUCAAUUUGUUAAUUGAUUAUUUUUUUAUAAUUUAAAGGACAAACACCUAUAGUUUCCGACAACUUUUAAGGUGUACUAAAACCAAAUUAUACCGUAAUAAUAUGAUAAUGAAAUUACUAUGAAAUCUUCACUUUUUUUUUUUUACACUAAUCUCUUAUUCCAUUGAAAUCAAUUGCUUUUUUUAUUAGUAAAAAUUGCAGAUUGUUUAAUUAAUUAAGCGUGAAUUGAUUGUUCCUAUACUUUAAAUUAAAGAUUUAUAUAAAUACUUUUAAUCUGAUGACAAUACAUUGAUCUAUAACAAAAAAAUUAUUUGGAGGAAACGCUUUGUUUUCUUUGUGGAUUAACACAAAAAUACAUCAUGUUCAUAUCGCUAUAAACUCACUGUACCAUUCACUUUGUCGAUUUGUUUCUUCGGAUCCAAAAGUAAAAUUGUUAUUAUACUCGUCACCGAACCAUGAGGGAUAUAUUCAUUUGGUCAAAAUGUUUGCAACGCUUAGAAGAAAGUUUAGAGACUCCAUGGAGCAUAUACAUGCCUGAUCAGUAUCAAUUUGGGCCUGUCUGUCUGUCAUUCUUUGUCUGUUUAUAAUAUUUGCUGUAAAUGUUCUUUCGGCCGCAAAAAGAUUUGAUAGAUACUUUCGAAAUUCUUGCACGUAGGUUCAUAUUAAAAAUGGGCCAAAUCAGUCGAAAGACACGUCUACAAUACAACGCGAUUUGGUUUUUUACUCAUUCCUCAUAAACUCCAGUUGGUGAAUAUAACAAUAUUUGAAUGUAUAUUCUACCCAAACCUAGCUAAGAUUACUAUGUGUCAAAAUCGAAGAUUUAUUUAUAAAGCGUAGCAGCAACAUUCAAAAAAUCCAUAGAGUCUACGAAAUUCUUGGCCAAUUAAGCAUGUCCCUCCGCCUAACUGUAUAUCAUUUGUGGACAACAUUUUCUCGUUAAUGAAAAUGAACCUUUCGUCUAGGAACUUGAGAAAGAACUUGAAAAUGGUUAAAAGACACGCCUACAAGACUCACACGUCUAUGCGACAAAAACUGGGCACCGAAUUAUCUACAUUUUAUUCAGUUCAAAGUGACAUCCACUUGUGUGUUUA